AUGGCGACCUUCAGGGGAUUUCGAACACCUGUAGAUCUGUUAACGGGUCAACAAGGCGGUCAGAAAAAGCUUCCUUCCGUUCCAUCCCUCCUUGUUCUUCAGCGGUUUGGCCGCACUUCUCUUCACAUGAGAGGGAGGCUGCUCCGUCCACACCUACUUGGUUUAGAUCGCCGGAACUCCAAAAUGCCGGCGAACUCCCCCAGCUUCAUCCGCCAAGCCCUAACAUCCUCGUCCUGCCCUCGCGUCUUUAUCCUCCUCUCAGCCUCCCUACUCCUCUUCUACAUACUUGUUUCAUACAGUUCUCCUUUCUACUCCUCCGCAUUCGUGUCCUCUUCCUCGCCCUUCUCCAACACCGCCACCACCUCACCUGGCCACCUUCUCUUCGGCAUCGCCGCCUCCUCUCGCACCUGGCCUCGCCGCAGCGAUUAUGUCCGGACAUGGUGGCGCUCUGGAAUCACCCGAGGCAUUGUCUUCCUAGACUCCAUACCCCAAUCAUCCUCCUCCGAUGAUCGAGACAUUCCUCCCUUACGAAUUUCCGCGGACACCUCCAGCUUACCAUAUUCUUUUAAAGGGGGAAAGCGUUCUGCCAUCCGCGUCGCGCGGAUUGCCAAGGAGCUCUUCGACGCUUUCGAUGGGAAGCUUGCGUACGGCGACUUUAGGUGGAUUGUGCUCGGGGACGAUGACACUAUUUUUUUCCUCGAAAACCUUGCUGGAACUUUGGCGAAAUAUGAUUGGGAGCAGUGGUAUUACGUUGGUAGUUAUUCGGAGAGCGCGGAGCAGAACGCGGAGCAUUUCUUUGAAAUGGCUUUUGGUGGUGGGGGUUUUGCGAUUAGCUAUCCAUUGGCGAAGGUUCUUUCUAAGGUCAUGGAUUCGUGUCUUAUAAGGUAUGCGCAUUUGUUUGGGAGCGAUGCUAGGGUUUUUGCUUGUUUGGCAGAACUUGGUGUGGGGCUGACUCGUGAACCAGGGUUUCAUCAGGUUGACCUGCGAGGAGACCUCUUUGGUCUUCUAUCCACUCAUCCAUUGCCACCUCUAGUAUCCCUCCAUCAUCUUGACUCAGUUGAUCCCUUAUUUCCUGGCAAGAACCAUUCAGAAUCUUUACGCCAUUUAUUGAAAGCGACUACUAUUGAUCCAGAACGUAUUCUCCAGCAAACUGUUUGUUACGACCGCAAUGAUUUACGUACUGUUUCCAUUUCUUGGGGUUUCGCUGUUCAGAUAUUUGAGGGCAAUGUACUCAUCACCGACCUUUUGAGCUUGCAAAAGACAUUCAGACCGUGGAGGAGGGGCCGCACAGCAACUUCGGGUGUUUAUAUGUUCAACACGAGGGAGUUUCCAAGAGAUCCAUGUAAAAGACCUGCCAUUUUCUUUCUGGAAAGUCUCCAUUCUUCUGCGAGUAGAACUGAAAGCAAUUACAGCAGACAAGUGUCUGUAAAUUGCCCAGGAAAUAUUGUUUCGACACAGAAACUUCAACGGAUAUCUGUUUUUUCGGAGAAUUAUGGUAUUGGAAUCAGGAAGGCUGUUAGAAGACGUUGUUGUGAUGUUUUAGAUUCUUCUCAUGAAGCAGUCAUGAAUGUCAACAUCAGAAAAUGUAGAGAUGAUGAGUUGAUUGCCAUGCAUCCUUAAUAGAACUAACCCCCUUGGCUUUCUAUAUGAAAGUUAACCAAAAGGACUUGUUGCUUGACAUUUUUUUAAAAAAUUCUGACUUGAUGAUCUUCGGAAGCGGUUGCUGAUGAGGUAGGAUGGUCUACUUUCUUGUAUUAUAUUAGAAGUGGGUGACAACAUGUUGAAAUUCCAAGUUCUGCUUUAUUAUUAUUGUCACAAUGGCAGAUCUUCAGAGCCCUAAGAUUGAACAACCUAAGUUUUCUUGAACUACUAACAUUAGCAGGCCUUUUUUGUAAUUUUGUAUUUUCUAUUUUAUGGCCGGACAAGAUAUAGAUUUUCUUUUUUUUUUCCUUAAACUUUUGUUAAAAAAAAGAAAAAAAAAAUGCACAAUUAGUAACAAUUCGAUGCCUGGUCUUUCAUUAAUCUCGAGAUUAAGUUGACAGUAGAGAUGCUAGCAAGAUAUUGACGCCAUGAAUUUGUUGGAGCCUCUUCAGCUUCCACCUGAGA